GUCAAACUAUCUCUGUUGCAGGCUGUAAACAGGGACGCAAGUUACUGAGGCACGUCGUCUUUAACAGGGUGUUGUAAAAUUUAUCGAGAGUAACAAGUGAAGGGAAAAUGGAAGAAGAUAUAUUAACGACGCUGAAAAUAUUGAUAAUAGGAGAAAGUGGUGUUGGGAAGUCCAGCCUCCUCUUGAGAUUUACAGAUGACACAUUUGACCCAGAACAAGCAGCAACAAUAGGUGUUGACUUCAAAGUGAAGACCAUUACUGUGGAUGGCAACAAGGCAAAGCUGGCAAUAUGGGACACUGCAGGACAGGAGCGCUUCCGAACCCUGACGCCUAGUUACUACCGCGGUGCCCAGGGAGUCAUCCUGGUGUAUGAUGUCACACGACGGGAAACCUUUGCCAAACUUGACAACUGGCUCAAUGAGCUCGAGACAUACUGUACAAGGAACGACCUCGUGAAAAUGCUUGUGGGAAAUAAAAUCGAUAGGGAAAACCACGAGCUAGACAGGGCAGAGGGGCUGAAGUUUGCAAGAAAACAUUCCAUGCUUUUUAUAGAGGCGAGUGCUAAGACCAGGGACGGCGUUCAGUGUGCAUUUGAGGAGCUGGUGGAGAAAAUCAUCCAGACUCCAGGAUUGUGGCAGAGCGAGAGCCACGGGCGAGGAGUCCAGCUCACCGACGAGGACGCAGGAGGCGGAACGUGCGGUGGCUACUGCUCCCUGGUCUAGACAACAUACAUACACAAAUGCAUUCACACAAACACAUGUUCAAACAUACAUGCGUGAAUACCACACACAGUGUCACACACUCACACACAAGCAUAGACACAAACACACUUGAAAGAACGACCCCGCCCCUCCCGCUGUGUUGCUGGCCUGAGUUGAGCUCCCUCCUCAGACAUGAAGGCAGCAGAGGUCUGGCUGUCUCUUCUCCGCUGAGCUGUAAGGGUUGACCGUCCACACACUCUGUGUUGACACAGACAUUACUUUUUGCACACUCUCUAAUAACAAUGCUGCGCUAAAAUGCAUAUGCAGCUCAGCCUUCCUCUUAAUGGAAUUUGAGUGUCUUUCUCUUUUUUUUGUUUUGACUUACAGUCAGUUGCAGUUUCUGGACCUUGGUCAAAAUAUUAACCAUUCUCGCCUCAUACAUAUCAUUCACUUAUAGCAGUGCAGUGAAAUGAGUCCAAAAGUAUAAACCAAAGUUUGUCAGGCAUAUGGCUAAAUGUCUGAAGUAUGAUAAUGAGGAUGGGAAAUCUGUUUUGACUAAGGGUCUUUCUUUUCUCCAGCAUGCUUAUUGUCCUCUGCUUUAGCAAGCACAUCUGUAUCAAUGCAGGACUGACUUUUCUCCAGUGUUUGUCUUUCCUCUGCUCUGUGUUGUGCUUCAUCCUGAUCCUGCCCCUCAGACUCUAUGAACAUUAUGCUGCUUAUGGAGAAGCUUAUCAAGCCAAGCCAUCUUGUGUUCCAUCUCACUACUUUCAGUCAAAAGCUUGGAUCAUGUCCACACAACUGCCUCAUUUUUUUCAGAACAUAAUAGAGUUACCAAGUGUCUGGAAUGACGUUUUACUGCUUUUAUUGAUUUGGACUUUAAACCUUUUGGUGUGUUUUGAAGAGUCCAUAAAUCGAAGAGAUUGGCACCAGCGAGCUUUCCACUGGGUGCCGAAGAAGAGGGCACCUCUUAAAAUUGCACGCCUUUUAUUGUAACGAGUUGCUUUAAUGGGGUGCGACUUACUGGCACUCCCUCGCUCAGAGAGAUAAUAUGAGUAAUAUCACAACCACUGCUAUGGACUUUCAUAUACAUCCCUUUGACUGGACAGAGACAAAGGCAAAGUGUUCAAUAUAAGACAGGGCAGUGAGUCAUAAGGGUGUUUCCACUGAAUUUGGAAAAUCAAAGAAAAAGCUGUGUGCUCCACACACACAGUUUUUAAUGGAUUUCACAGCACUCCUGUAUCUGUUUGUAUCUGAAAAGCAGUUAUAAAUGUGCUGUACCCCUGACCUCUGACCAUGUUCGUAGUAUUCGAGUGCUGGUGUGUGUUCUAGUUCUGAAAGUUUGAUCUUUUAAGGGAUGGUGAAAAUGACAUGGAUUCAAGCAUGUCUUAUCACAUUUUUUUUUUUUUUUUUUUUUAAAUCGGUUUUUAAUUGCAUGGGGAAACUGUGUGCCAUGUUUUUAUUUUUGUUUGUGUUUUUUUAGGUCCAGUGAAUGGCCUUUAGAGGCUGUAAACACUUAACUUGUAUUUACCUUAAAAUAUAACAUUGCAUACAGGUUUACCAUUUAAAUUUAAUGGUAUAAAUAAACAAAAAGGAAGUAGGCUUUUAUGUAUUAAACUGGUAUAGCAGUCCUUUUUUGUGUGUUCAAAAAUAUGUUGAAACAUGUAUACCUUGUAAAUUGUGUGUAUUUUAGGAAUUUGGUGGGAUAAUUCCUGUAUGAAUUGUAAAACUGAAUGUAUACAUAUUUCACUACAAACCCCGCCCUAUGUAUUAAACUAAAUAAAAUUCUUUUUUAAGUGAAGACAAUUGAAUAUGAUGUUAGUGUUAAUGCAACACCGAGCCUUGAGCCUUCACAUCUGUAACUUAAAAAGCCACGUUGUAGAAUAAUAAUUAAUAAGUAUUUUUUCUUCUUUUUUUUGUAAUUGCUCUUAUGUCCGGGUGUUCAACAGAGAUGACCAAUAACUCUGCUGUCAUCGUUGCCAUGUUGGAAAUGUCACUGUUAGGUGAUGUGUUUUUCACUCAGCACACCUUCACAUUCCUGUGUCCUCAGAAUAAAGACUUGUGUUUAAA